UAUUCUUUACUUAUUUCAAGAGCUAUUUACCUUUACUUGAAAAAUAAAAAUAAAAAAGCGUUUUAUAUUAUUAACUUUAUCUAUAUAUUUUCUUAAAAAAAUGAUUUACUUGGAAGAAAUAAAGACUGAAAAUACUUUUAACAAAAAAAUUAAAUAUUUGAAAUUCUUCUUGAACCAGCAAGAAAACGAAGACACCUGUAAUGGGUUUGAUAACUGGUUACAAAAACUUGCCGGUUGGAUUUCAGUCAAGGGGGUUGCUAGAUUUUCUAGCUUUGUAGAAUCAAUCAAAAUCCUCAAAGACCCUAUUUGUAAAUGUCUUGGCUCUUCAAGAAAUGCUAUUGCUGCAUCCGCAUCAGAUGUAUUGGCAGAAACAGCAGUUGCCUUAGGUACUGAAUUCAUUAAACUUAAUGAUUUAUUUGUCAAUACGGUUAUAAAAGAACUGGGUCGUAACAAUAAAAUCCAUACUACAAAAAUGCUUCAAUCCUAUAAGCGUGUGAUUGAGCAUGCAAAGUUACCACGGUUACUCCCCUUCUUUUGUGAAAUCUUGACUAAUAAAGUCAAGCACAAAAAUAAUACGAUCCUUCGUCGUGGUAUUAUUGAAUGCCUUGUUACCCUUGUGAACUCGAAUGAUGCUAGCCAAGUCAUCAAGUUUCAUUCAGUGGUUGAAAAUGCCAUUCGUGUUUCCUCCUUGGAUGCUGAUCAAAGCGUGAGAUCUUCCGCUCGUUUCUUUUUUCAAUCCUAUUCUGAAAAACCUCUUGUUCAGAGAAUGAGUCUGAUUCUAACGUCACAGUAGCAUCCAAUGGAGCUACAAGAACAAGAACAAGAACAACAACAACAACAGCUCCUAGGUUCUCUACUUCAAGAUUGUAUGAAAAUACAACGUCUUCUCUUUUAAAAUUGAAGCAAGCCCCAA